AUGCCGGCUAAAGCAGCUUCCUCUUCUUCCUCGAUGGAUCACUCAAGAGCUGUCUCGGAUUCGGAAGCACUAUAUACCAGCAAUGGGGUUGGAAACGGGCACCCUUCCAUCUCAAGCUCAAGCUCCAUGUCCAACAUUGGUCCAAUGCGAACACAAAAGCUGACUUCACAAAUCCGUACAAAUCCAAUCGGAACUGCACCAACACCGCCCGAUACACAUAACCAUGGUCGUCCAUCUGCUCAUUCUACCGAACCUGCGUCUUCGCCACGACCUCGACAACCUCUACCAUCAUGGCAUUCACGCUCUCCGUUCAAUAUACCCAGCCAUCCAAGCAAUCCAUACGCAGCAAGAAGUCCACACGGAUCAUCAUUACCGGGAAGUACAACGAUGCAUGCUUUGCCUCCACCAUCUUUGCCUCAUUAUCAUCAAUCUCAUCAUCAUUCACAUAGUGGUCCAACACCGGGUGGAAGUAGUGCGCAUACAGACUCGCCGGACAAUCGAGCUGCUAAUGUGCAAUCGAAUUCUGGGGUCUUGUUUGCUGCUUCGAUUGCUGCUGAUCUCGGAGCAAAGGCUUUAAAUGGACGUGAUGAAGGGCCUUUUAUCGCUUGGAAUUUAGGUCUACGGAAUGCAUGUUCAACAUCAUCUGCUCAAACACAACCAUGGUCGCAAAUUAUACACAGGAGAGCGAUGAUGAAACAUCUUGAAACGUAUGAAAAUGUUAUGCAUCCGAUUUACAGAUUUGUAAAUGUGGAUGAAGUUGCACAUUUGGUUGAUUCAAAUCAUGGACAAGAUCAAAGGCAAGGUACAUUAUUGGAUGCGAUCAUGUGUGGAAUUGCGGCAAUUGGAAGUUUAUUUUCCGAUUCAAAAGAUAUGACUAUUGAGAUCGCAUUAGAACAAAACGUUCGUGCAAUCUUGGACGCACAUGCGGAAGAUGAACAUCAUUUACCAGAAGCAGCUUGUGCUUGGCUUUUGAGAACGCUUUACUUGCGUGCAUCCAAAGUACCACAUGCUUGUUGGCAUGCGUCUUGUAUCGUGAUGCAUGCUUGUGAGAGGGCAAGAUUGCAUAUAGAAGAGACAGUUUCGUUAAUGAGGAAUACAGGUUCGGCACCCGUCCUUGAUCCGAGAAGAACGUAUCACGUUGCAAAGCUGCUCAAUACGUGGAUUUCAUUUGAAUUGGGAAGGACGCAUGUGAGUCUAGCCCGUGCUUCAACACUGUUACCCGAUAUGAGUAAUGUCGGAUCGGAAUCAAGUACGACUAUGCUUCAUCUUUUUGAUCUGUCUCUCAACCUUGAACCAAGUGCGACACCUUCACACGAACGUUUGUUGGACAUAUUGCAAGAAGUGGUAGAUGUUCCUUGUCCUUCUCCUGUUGUGGUUUUGUCGCAAGCGAUGGUUGUGUUGAGUAUAGUACGAAGGCUUCGGUUUGGGCUUGGGCUGCAAUUGAGCACGGAUACGACUGCAUUGAUUCUCACAAUCGGUCAAAAAGGCAUGGCUUGUACGAAUGAGAUUCUGAACACGAACGGUGGUCCAUGGUGGCAUGUUGCGACUUUACCAUACCAAGUACUUUGUACGGUGAUGGCUUUGAAUACAAGAAAGGCGUUGACACUGGUGCCAACGGUGAUGGAUACCAUUCGGAACGCACAUUCACGAUAUCCAACCCAAAUGAUGGAUCGCAUCCUGAAAAGAAGUUUAGCAUUGGUACAUGCGUUGCACAAACACAAAUUGGACGAUGCAAGAUUGUUGAGUAAAGCGCUGGGAAGAAGUUUGAACGAAAGAACAUCCAUAGCGGAAGGAAUGGGAGAUAGAUCUGCAGCAGUAGGAAAUAGUCCAUCAUCAAUCGUUGCAAGAACACCACCGACUGGUGGAGCGGGAGGUGUUGGAAAUGGACAUAUACGUUCGCAUACCGAUCAAGAUUUACCACCGCAUAUGAUUCGACAGAAAUUGUUCUCUUCUAAUCCAUCCGGUGGCGGUAAUGGACAAAAUGCAAAUGCAAGAGCAGGCAGUAAUACGCCUGGCGGUGUGAUCAAUGCAAAUGGCAACCCUGUAGAAAAGUCAACCAGCGGCGGCGGUGGCGGUGCAGGAGGAACAGGAGGAGGAGGAAGCGGAAUGGUUUGGGAAGGUAAACGUGUUGAUCUUGAAGAUUGGUUAGUGAAUAUCGAUUGGGAUUCGAUCAUGCAAAAUACCGAACCUACAUUCUUUGAUGCAACAGGAACGGUUUGA